GGUACUCGGAACCAGCCGGGCCGGGCCGCGGGGCUCAGCCUCAAUCGGGCCGAACAGGGGCGGAGCCGCGGCGGUGCCACUCCCGGCGGAUGCGGGCGGGCGGCUCCGCACCCAGCAGGGCCGAACCGGGCUGGGUCAGGACAGCGGCGGCCAGGGAUGCUCGCGAGAGCGGUGGGGCGUGCUGGGUAGCAGGUGCCCCGAGCCCGACCCGGCCCCGGUGCGGCGUGGUGGGGUGGUCCAGGGGAUCCAGGAAGGCUGCGGGUCGCGGUGGGAGCAGUAGCGCUCGGGCCGGAGAGUGAGAUGCUCGCGGCGACGUCGGGACUGCGUGGGGCCGAACUUGGGGGCUACGUGUGCUCCCCCCACCACGUGCGUGCCUCACCAUGUAUGCGCCCGCAUGGCCGCGGGAACUUCCCCUCGCGGGGGCUGCCGAGGCUGCCCGCUGAGUCAUGGGGCUGCGGCUUCCCCUAGCCCCGGGCACUAGCAGCCCUCCCCGGAAGCCGGCAGGGCCGGGAGGGCUCCAUGUCCCCUCGCUGGGACAGGAAGGCGCCUGGCACCCCGCAGCCCGGCCACAUAGCAGCCCCUCGAGAAGCCCCAUUUCCUUCCUGGGGAGACCGGUGGCACGCAACGGUGGUGCCGUACAGGCAGAGUCCCUGUGCACCCCCACAACCCUCCUGUGCCACCCCGACGCAUGCCCCCAGCCCACAGCCUCUGCUGGGGCAGCUAUAUAUAGUGCAGCACAGCUGACCCCAGCGCCGAGCAAGCACCAUCUGCCCAGGUUAAUCUUUAGCUGCCGGCCUGUCCCCCCGGCCGGCUCUAAUGAGGCCUCAUUACCAGCCAUUACACUGGCUGCAGGGCCACUGGUGGCCUGGUGGUGUGGUGACACCGUGGUGCAGGUGUGGGUGGUGGUGAGUGCUGGGGUUGCAGAGUGGUGCGUGGGGAUGUGGGGACAUGACCUUGGCACCCGUGGCAGCCAGCUUGGUCCCUUGGGUGAUGCUGGUGGGAUGUGCUGGGGUCCCCACCAGUGUCCCAGUGCACCCAGAGCCUGUGCUUAGGUUCCCAGGGAGGUGCCAGUGUCCCCACGAGGGUGUGUCGGCAUGCCUGGCACUGUUUCAGGUUCCCUGGGGGUAUGUCAUUGUCCCCAGGGAGUGUGUGCCUUUGUGCCCAAGGUGUGUGCCACGGUGCCUGGUCAGAUGCAGGUGUAUGUGCCAGGUCCCUGGGGGUGUGUCAUUGUCCCCAGGCGCUGUGCCCAUGGCCCUAGCAACGGUGCCAGCACUCCCAGGGUUGUGCCACCACUCCGUGGGUUGUGCAGCGUUCCCAGCAGUGCACCAGCUGCGUGUGCCAUGUCCCCCAGGGUCACGCUCGGGGAGGUUGCAGGUCCACAGGACUGGUUGCUGCGGGGAGAUAAGGAGGUGGUACUGGGGAGAGGGAGCGGUUCUGUGCCUAUCGCGUGCCAGCAGCCCUGGGGCCUCCCCAGUGAUCCCAGCAGGAGUGCAUGGUGCGGCUGUGUGCCUCGGGCACCCCACGCCGGGAUCCAGCCUAGGGUCCAAACUCUGCUGCUGCAGCAACACCGGGGUACAGGAGCAGCAGAGCCCCGUGCCUGGCAGCAUGGCGGGGGGCGCGGGGCGGGCCAAGAAGCUGGGUACACUGCUCUCGGGGCUGCUGGAGUGCGGCGCUUUCUGCGGCAUCAUCUUCGGCUGGGCCUCCCUUGUCUAUGUCCUCAAGAACCUGAACUACUUCAAGGAGUGGUGCGAGUCCUCGGCCAACCCCAAUGGGACACUGUAUCCUGACUGCAGCGGGCAGGAUGAGCAGUUCUCCCUGGUCUUCACCAUCGGCUCCUUCAUGAACAACUUCGUGACCCUCCCCAUGGGCUACGUCUUUGACCGCUUUGGCACCGCUGUCGCCCGUCUCAUUGCCAUCUCCCUCUACACCUGUGGGACCCUGCUCGUUGCCUUCUCCACACCAGACCUGGCGCUGCUGCUCUUCCCGGCUAUGUCAAUGCUGUCGGUGGGCGGCAUCCUCCUCAUCCUCACCAACAUGCAGGUGGGGAACCUCUUUGGGAAGUACCGCUCCAUCAUCAUCACCCUCUACAAUGGGGCCUUUGACUCCUCGUCUGCCAUCUUCCUCAUUAUCAAGGUGCUGCAUGAGCAUGGGCUGUCCCUGCGGGCCAUGUUUCUCUUCAUGGCAGCCUGCAGUGCCUGGCACCUGCUGCGCACCAUCUUCCUCAUGCCCCGCAUGCACAUCCCCUACCCGCUGCCACCUGCCUACAACUAUGGGCUGGCAUGCCCGGGGCACUCCCAGUCAUACCGCACCUACGAGGAGAAGCGCCCGCCGGAGGACAAUGGGCCAGAGGAAGUGCCCCUGGAGCCCAGUGCCCCAAAAGGCAAUGCGGCUGUGGAGCCCUUCUGGCCCUGCGUGUUCUCGUGGCUCUUCGCGUGGCACGUGGUGUGGCUCUCGGUCAUGCAGCUGCGCCACUACCUCUUCAUCGGUACCCUCAACCCGCUGCUCAACCACCUGGCCUUUGGCAAUGAACACCUGGUGAGCACCUACACCAACGCCUUUGCCUUCACCCAGCUCUGCGGGGUGAUUUGCGCUCCCUGGAAUGGCCUCAUCCUCGACCGCCACAAGCGGAGCAAGGCCCACCGUGCCGAGGGAGCCCAGGGGGCACUGGCUGACCUACGGGCAUCCGUGCUGUCACUGGUGUUGACGGUGACACAGUGCGUGCUCUUCUCCGUCUGUGCGGCUGUGCCUGUGCUGCCUGUGCAGUUUGCCACAUUCGUGCUCCAGGUUUCCCCCACAGCACUUUGGGAAGCUGUACGGGCUGGCCAUGGCCCUGUCGGCGCUGGUGGCCCUGCUGCAGUACCCCUGCAUUGCCCUGGUGCGUGGAGCGCUCCAGGGGGACCCUUUCUAUAUGAAUGUGGGGCUCAUCGCUGUGGUGCUGCUGGCCUAUGUCAGCCCUGUGGUGGUGGCCCGCGAAUGCCGGCGGCGUGCCAAGAAGCUGAAGGCUGCUGCAAGUCCCCUGGAAACUUCCACAAGUGCCGAGACCCCUGCUCAGACACCCCACUGAGCCCUGCACUAUCAUUCAGCUUUUUUCUACUGGACUUUGGGGGAGGGAUGGGACUGUGCCAGGGGGGCACAGUGAGGGGUGGGUGUGUUUUGGGAUGGAAUAAAUGUUCCAAUGCUUCUGCCCAUGGUGCUGCUCCCACCCGGUGCCCCAUACUCCUGGCACUUCUCCAGUAUCUGCUGUGGGGUUGAGCCCUAUUCUGCCUCAAAGGGCUGAAGCCACAGUCUCCCCCUGGCCCUAAAACACAUGGAUAUGUGGCCUCGA